AUGUCGAUUCCAGUUGAAGAUGUUGGGCCUGAUGUUCCAACAACUGGGAAGGAAGCUAAUGAUGUUCCCAUCAACAAUCUGAAUGUUGAUGAUGGUGUUGAUGUUGAUAUUGAUGGUGAUCACUCAAAUCAGGAAGAGAUUAAUCCUGAUCCUGUGACUGUAACUCCUGCAAGUCUUGUUGUAUCUCCACCCCCAUCUUUUGAGUUAGUGGAUGAUGUUUAUGUGUCUUCCUCUCCCACUGUGAAUCCUGAAGAACCUCAUGUCGAGGAAGAGGUUCAUGAAUUGGUUGAUGAUGAAGGCACAGAGUCUGAAGACUAUGUGUUGGCCAGAGUGUUGUCUGAGAAAAAGAAAAAGAAAAGAAACUCCUCCACUCCCUCUUCCAUAUCCAAAUCUAGCAAGACUCUAAGGACUUAUAGGAGUACACAGGUCCAAGUCCCUGCCAAGAAGAAGAAGAACAAGGAUAAGAAGAAGGCUUCUGUUGAAGAAGUGACCUCUCAGAAGAAGAGUGUCAAGAGAAAAAGAAGAGAUGUUGAUGAGUCAGAUGUCGAGUCUGAUGUCUCAAACAUUGACACUACUGCCAGAAAACGAAUGUCUGGAAGGAGGAUUCCAAUGAAUGUUCAAGAAGCUCCUCUGGACAACAUUUCCUUCCACUUUGUGGAAAGUGCUUCCAGAUGGAAGAGCCAAGUGGCUCAUGGUGUUAGAGACAUUUCAUUGAGUGUGAUCACUGCUGGGCAAGUGAAAUCUUGGCCCAAGAAGGGUAUGCUGUCUACUGGCACCUUGAAUGUCAAGUAUGCCUUGCUUAACCACAUUGGAGCUGCAAAUUGGCUGCCAACCAGUCAUUCUUCUCACAUUUCUACUGGUUUUGCCAAGUUGAUUUACUUGAUUGACACUAAGACUCCAUUUGAUUUUGGAGCUUUUGUUUUUUAG